AUGGCGCCCUUCCCUCCUCCACCAGUCAGCACCAUCGACUGGAGCAACGUCGGCUUCAAAGUCCGCGAAGUCAACGGACACAUUGAAUCGACAUUCCGCCAUUCUUCUUCCAACCCGUCAUGGAGUAAGCCACGCUUCGUCACCUCCCCUCAUCUGUCCAUCCAUGGCAUGGCCCCUGGGUUGAACUACGGCGUGCAAUGCUACGAGGGCAUGAAAGCCUUCCGCCAGCGUGAUGGCAACAUCACCAUCUUCCGCCCGGACCAGAACGCAAAGCGCAUGCAGCGUUCUGCCGAGUUCGUCAGCAUCCCUCCGGUUCCCGAAGAGCAUUUCAUUGAGUGUGUCAACUUAGCUGUCGCGAUGAAUGCUGAGUUCGUCCCGCCCCACGAGACCGGCGCAGCCAUGUAUAUCCGGCCACUGCUAUUCGGAUCCAGUGCCCAACUCGGCCUCAGCCCUCCGGACGAAUACACAUUCGUGGUGUUUGUGAUGCCCACGGGUGUCUACCAUGGCGUCCAUGCUGUCGACGCCCUGAUUCUAGAGGACUUCGACCGCGCCGCGCCCGAAGGGACAGGCAGUGCGAAAGUGGGCGGCAACUAUGCCCCGGUACUCCGACACAGCGAGAAGGCGCGCAACGCUGGCUACGGCAUCACGCUGCACCUCGACAGUAAGACACGCAGUGAGAUCGACGAGUUUUCUACCUCAGGCUUCCUCGGUGUCCGCGUCGACGGGGACAAAACUACAAUUGUCGUCCCGGACAGCAAGAACGUGAUCAAAUCCGUGACCUCGGAGUCGGCGUGCCAGAUCGCAAAGGACAUUUUCGAGUACGGCGUCGAGCGACGCCGCAUUGAUUACAGGGAACUAUCCGAAUUCAAGGAAGUCAUGGCCGCGGGGACCGCGGCGUCGCUUGUGCCUAUCAAGAGCAUUACCAUGAAGUCCCGCAAUGAUAAGUUCGAAUACCCUGUGAACCAGAAGCUGGAUCCUGGCCCGGUGUGUGCGCAACUGUUGACGACGUUGAAGGGCAUCCAGCAAGGUCAGGUGAAGGACCAGUUCCGGUGGAAUUUCAAGGUCACGGAGCCGCCGAGCGAAUUUAUCAAGAGCGCUUCAAACGGGAUUGUAAAUGGAGCUGUGGAUCAGAUGCCAUGA